AUGCCCCGCGCGACAUCUACCAACCACUCGCAGUGGCGCAGCGAACCUGCCAAUGCUCUCACCUCUUCCGGCGGCAAGAGCUCGCGCCGCAGCUCCAAAGUCGACAAGAGCGAUGACGGUCACACCAAGCCUGAACCUCUCAAUCGUCACGAGCUCAUGAGACGCGCCAUGGCCAGCGCCCAAGAGUACGGCGAAAUAGAUGGCGAUGACAGCGGCAGUGUUUUUGAGGACGACCACAUGUCCAACUCGCACCACUCCCAUACCUUACAUUCAAACCAGAUCCACGCCCACGCCCGAUCCACGCCCGUCACCUCUCGCCAAAUCGCCUCGGAUCGUCCAGGCGAAGGCAGUCUCUCGAUGGAUGCCUUUGGCAAUGUCCAUCAUAGCGUUGUCAGUGCUUUCAAUACUCCAUCCUCUGCAUCUGUAAAGCGCUCCUCUGGCCCGAGCUCAUCUUCGCCGUUGCUUGCUGCUUCGGCUACCAUGCCCACCCUAGUCACGCCCGCGCCCAUUCGUGCAGAGAUGCCAAGAUCCGACUCGCUCGAGGAGAUGGUCGACCAAGGAUUUGACCCUAUGCAGCGCUCCGAGCCGCCCAAGGCUCCUAUUCAACGUGCGAGCACCCUCAUGGACCCUAUCACCUCGCCAAAUCGUGCUUCGUUACAGCCGAUCACCAAAAGCUCGUCCAGCGGUGCCUUGCUCAAGCCCACCGAUGUGCCUAUAGCGUCCGAUGGCAGUCCUCGUCGCCCGUCGGAUGCAGGCUCCAUCAACGGCGCCUUGUCGCGACUCCGCAAAAACAGCGACAGCAGCACCGUAAGCAAAUCAAGCAAACUAAAAAAGACGGGCCCCUCAGCUGGUAUCGCCGGCGCGCUGGCCGCCAGUGGCGUCGCUGGAAUGGGUGUAGGCCAUUCUGCCGCCUUGCAACAAACUCAAUCCGCUCUCGCAGAAGGCGAAAAGAAGAAGAAGGAUUUCAAGAAGUCCACCACCGGCUUGAGCGAAGAAGCUGGCAACGCCAACACGUCGGCCUUCCAAGGCGGCUUCUACCGAGAUCCCUCUACAGGCAGUGUCAUUGAAAAAGAUCAGAACGGCAAUCUCUUCAGCCCGCAUCGGCCGCAACCAGACCGAAGAGAAAGCAGUUUCGUUUCCCAAGAUGGCUCGGUCAUGAGCGACCAAUCCAACGUCAGCGGUCUCGGCGCAGCAGCUGGCUUCGGUGUCGCCUCGGCAGCUCUUCUCUCUUCCAUGAGUGCUGUACCAGGCAUGACCAUCACACCUCUGCACGCUCCCGAAGGCCCCAACCCUACGGGUGCAAUAGGCCUCAACCCUCCUGCAGCAGGCGCAGCCGACGUUGGAGGUCAACACAUUGAUGGUGAAACUACCUGGCCCGAAGAUAUGGGUCCGCAGAUCACCGGUUUCGCCGUGGCCAGCUCGAAACGCAACUACGAAUUCCACCAGCUCUUUCCACAGGUACCAGAGGAUGACUACCUCAUCGAAGACUAUGGAUGCGCGCUGGUGCGCGAGAUCCUGAUUCAGGGCCGGCUCUACAUUUCCGAAAACCAUCUCUGCUUCAAGGCCAACAUCUUUGGCUGGGUCACCAACGUUGUGCUUCCCUUUUCCGAGAUCAUCUCGAUCGAGAAGCGCAUGACUGCCUUUGUCAUUCCCAAUGCUAUUCAGAUUGCUACGCUGCAGACCAAGCACAAUUUCACCUCGUUUCUCUCCCGCGACGCCACGUACGACCUUGUCGUCAACAUUUGGAAGCUGUCACAUCCGGGUGUUCCCAUUGCAGCAGCCGAUCAAGCCGACCUUUCGGACGAGUAUUCCGAGAUUGACGAAGAUGGCGAUUCCUCCGCGGCUGCUGCUGGGGCGGGCAACGACCUUAAAGGAGGCGAUGCUGAUCAGCAAGGUAAAUCUGGAAACGAGUCCAAGCCUUCGAAACGCGCCAGGCUCAAACGCAAGCUCAAGGGUACCAAGACGGGCAUGCGCGAUGAAAAUCUGGCUGCCGUUGCGGCGGCAGCUGCCAGGUCUGGCACGCCGCUCAUUCCGCAGAGUCGCUCACCAGCACCUACUGGUAAGCGCGUCGCACAUCGCAAAACCACGUGUCCAUGUGAGGAGAAAAAGGAGCACUUCUCGUCCGUAGUGCUCGACACCACGUAUCCAGCGGUGCCGGAGAAAAUCUACAAUCUGCUGUUCACCUCGACCUUCAUGAAGGAGUUUUGGACCGACGACCAAAAGCUACUGGAUCUGCAAAUUUCCGAGUGGAGUCCGAAUGCCGACAACCGCAACCUGCUCUCGCGUAACAUCUCGUACAUCAAGCCGCUAGCCGGAGGCUUUGGACCCAAGCAGACCAAAUGCGUCCUGACUGAUGAGAAUCUGCACGUCGAUUUCGACAAUUACGUCGUGACGCUGACCACUACGCGUACGCCCGAUGUGCCCAGCGGAGGCAGCUUCAGCGUCAAGACCAAGACGUGCAUCACCUGGGCGGGUACGGGCAACGUCUCUCACGUCUACGUCACGUGCCAGGUCGAAUGGAGCGGAAGGAGCAUGCUCAAGAGUAUCAUCGACAAGGCAUCGCUCGAUGGCCAGAAGCAGUAUUACAAGGAGCUCGACGAGGCGGUUCGCAAGUAUCUCACCGAUCAUACGUCCGAGUUCAAGGAAGAGGGUGACGAUGCUGCAGCUGUGGAGGAGAUCGCACGCGCAGCUACGCCUGGACCGAACCAUCGCAAGGGCGCUGCGGCGGCUGGGGAAGCGACGGGCAGCAACAAAGAGGACGCCGGGUCGGACGGUGCUGGUGCCAAGCGCGGAACGAGCACAGGCGGCCAAGCCGGAAUGCUGGAAUCCAUCACGGCACCUAUUCUGGACGCAUUCGGCAUGGCGAGCGACGUGCUUGGAGGCGCGCUCGAGAUGGUCGGCUUUCAAGGUGGUGUCAGCGCGAAAACUCUGGGGUUUGGACUGGCCAUCUUUGUCCUGCUUGUUUCCAACAUCUACACGUGGAGACGAUCGACAGCGUCGAAAGCGUCUUGGUCCGAUGGCAUACAACAUCUGGAUGGUAUGCAGAAGGGCGGGUUCAAUCGGGGCUAUUUCAGUGAUCAAGGCUACUACGGCCCGAUGUCUCCGCGUUAUCACGGCGGUGGCGAUCGUCAGCCGGUGUAUGAACGUGUGUUUGCGCCGAACGUCUACAUUACGCCGCCGGGCGGAAAGGAUACUACGCCUGAUGCGAUUGCCAGGACGGUGGCCGAGGUGAUGGAGAAGCUGUACGAGCAGAAUCUGGACCGAUUCACACGAGCGCAUGCGAAUGCGGAUGCAGAUGCGGGUGAUCCCGAGUCGGUCAAGAGGCUGGUCCAAGAGGCAGAAGCUGUGUUUGAGAGACUCGAGAAGCGCUUGAAGGCGGUCCAUUCGGCUGGCAAGGGUGACGGCAAGCAGGCAACUCGCGAUGCUAAGCUAGAGCUCUAA